AUGAACAGCACCCCAGCGAUGGCACCUCUGUCUCCGGGGCUGAGAAGGUUCUCGCCCUCGCUUGCUAAGGGCUCCUUUCAUCAGGCAAAACAGGCUUCGAGUCCAUUGAAUUCUCCCAGCCCGUCCAUUAUGAGCUCCCCAAAACUCUGGCAGAAAGCAUCCAUCUCCAGACUGGCAGAGGAGUUUUUCUGGAUUGGUGGCAGCGUGGUUGCCCAGCCAAAAUGGAGACUGGGUCAGAUAGUGGAGAGGUGUAUGUGCACCAUGCAGGCUGGCACUCAGAUGACUAAACUGAAGGGGAAGAAGAAAGGAUUGGUCCGAUUCUUUUACCUGGACGAGCACAAGUCCUGCAUCCGAUGGCGGCCAUCCAGGAAACAUGACAAGGCCAAAAUAACUAUUGAUUCCAUCCAUGAAGUCUGUGAGGGGAAAAAGUCAGAGAUAUUCAGGCGGUACGCAGACAACCGCUUCGACCCAAACUGCUGCUUCAGUAUUUACUACGGAGAGCGUGUGAAGUCCCUGGACCUGGUCUCCACCAAUGCCGAGGAGGCCCGCACCUGGGUCACCGGACUGAAAUACCUCAUGGCUGGUAUCAGUGAUGAAGACAGUUUGGCCCGGAGGCAGCGCACCCGUGAUCAAUGGUUACAGCAGACUUUCUCUGAGGCCGACAAAAACGGAGAUGGCACCUUGAGCAUGGGAGAGGUUCACCAGCUGCUCCACAAACUCAACGUGAAUUUACCCAAACAGAAAGUCAGGCAGAUGUUUCAAGAUGCAGACACAGACGAGAACCAGGGCUCUCUGGGCUUUGAAGAAUUCUGUUCGUUCUACAAGAUGAUUUCGACACGCAGAGACCUCUACCUGAUAAUGAUCUCCUACAGCAAUCAGAAAGAAGUCAUGGAUCUUCAUGACCUUGCACGCUUUCUGGAAAAUGAACAGAAGAUGCGAGGUCUGGUCAAAGAGCAUCUAGUUGACAUAGUGGCCAAAUUUGAGCCAUGUCCCAAGAACCUGCAGCAUAUGGUACUGGGUAUUGAUGGUUUCACCAACUUCAUGAGGAGCCCUGCAGGUGAUAUCUUCAAUCCCGAGCACAAUCAGGUGAACCAGGACAUGACGCAACCUUUGAGUAACUACUUUAUUGCCACCUCGCAUAACACCUACCUGACAGGAGACCAGCUGCUCUCUCAGUCUAGAGUGGAAAUGUACGCCUAUGUUCUCCAGGCAGGUUGUCGCUGUGUGGAGGUGGACUGCUGGGAUGGGCCUGAUGGGGAGCCCAUUAUUCACCAUGGCUACACCUUGACUUCUAAAAUUCUCUUCAAAGAAGUUGUUGAAACGAUUAACAAAUAUGCCUUCACAAAAUCACAGUACCCAGUGAUCUUGUCCAUAGAGAACCACUGCACAGUGCCUCAGCAGAAGAAGAUGGCUGAAUAUCUGAGAGAGGUGCUACAAGACAAACUAGAUCUGUCUACUGUCAACGUACAUGAAUGCAAGAAGCUGCCCUCCCCUGAGAUCCUGAAAGGGAAGGUUUUAGUUAAGGGAAAAAAGCUGCCAGCAAACCUAGAUCCUGAUGCAGAGGAGGGUGACGUGUCUGAUGAAGACACUGGUGAUGAAGAAGAGGAGGAAGACGAUGAGGAGGAGAGGAAAAAGAGAAUCAGAGUGAAAAAUAAGGCGAUGUCUGAUGGCGAGUCAGACCACAGCAGCAGCAGGGAGAGGACACAAAUUGUUUACCAUCCCAAGAAGAGGAAAACAAUGAGGUUGUCCCGAGCUCUGUCUGACCAGGUCAAGUACACAAAAUCUGUCCGUGUGCAUGACAUAGAAACACAAGCAUUAGUGAACAGUUGGCAGGUAUCAUCCCUCAACGAGACUGUUAUGAACCAGAUCUUACAGUUAAAACCGGGAGAGUUGGUCCGUUUCACCCAACGGCAACUUCUAAGAGUCUACCCGUCCAACUACAGAGUUGACUCAAGCAACUUCAACCCACAGCCAUACUGGAAUGCAGGAUGCCAUAUGGUUGCAAUGAAUUAUCAAACAGAGGGCCGUAUGCUUGAACUGAACCAAGCCAAGUUCUCAACCAACGGAAACUGUGGAUAUAUUCUGAAGCCUAAGUGCAUGUGUAAAGCUGCCUUUAACCCCAUGUUGGAGGAUCCUCUACCAGGACACAGAAAGACUCAGUUAGUGCUGAAGAUCAUCAGUGGACAACAGCUUCCCAAACCCAAAGACUCCAUGUUUGGGGACAGAGGAGAGAUUAUUGAUCCCUUUGUUGAGGUUGAGAUUAUUGGCCUACCUGUUGAUUGUUCCAAGCAGCAGACGAGGGUGGUGGAUGAUAACGGGUUCAACCCAAUGUGGGAGGAGACCCUCGUCUUCAACAUUCAAAUGCCACAGAUCGCCCUAGUGCGUUUCCAAGUGUGGGAUCAUGAUCCUAUUGGACGAGAUUUCAUUGGACAGAGGACUGUUGCUUUCCCCAGUAUGAUGCCAGGGUAUCGACAUGUGUACCUGGAGGGGAUGGCGGAGUCGUCGAUCUUUGUUCAUGUUGCUAUCAAUGAUGUGACAGGAAAGAACAAACCCACAAAUGCUGUGCAAGCAGCCAGAAAACACAUCCAAAAAGCAGCCCAGAAGCAUAUGAAGGGUCAUCAAAGGCAGCCGUCUUUGGACUUUUCUGUCCUGUCCUCAGAAGACGGGCGUGCUCUGCACUUCCGCAAAGAUCUGGAUGCCAUCUCUCAGGACAGCAGGAAUUGGGAAAUGUCUCCUUUAGCACAAGGGCCAGCAGCCAAGGCUGCCAUCCACAAAGGGGCCAUGAGUGAGCCAGUGAAGCGAGCUCACAGAGUUAAAAUUCAUGAACCACCAGAGACAAGAAGAGGGAUCUUCAGCCGGAUGUCCUCCACUGACUCCCACCACAUGGGGGCUGCUCCCUGUGCGAAAGCAGAUAGCUUUGACCUUGAGACCUCUCCCCAGGCUUCUUGUCCUAAUGGUCCUGCUCCUGACAGCCAAAAUCCAAUUCAAGAAGAGCUUGAGAAUGAACCUGAUGAAUCACCAGAGUCAAACUGUUCUGAGCAGGAAACAGUUCAGACAUUUGAACCAAAGCAGCCUGAACAAUCUGAAGAAUUACCAAAAGAACCACAGCCAGACAACAAUGUUGCCAUUGAACCUGAGCAACCACCAGAAACUCAGAGUCAGACAGAUUCACUCCCUCAGCCUCAGCCCGUGCCACAACCUCUGCUCCAGCCUGAAGCCAAAUCUUAUCCACUUAUCCCCCCAUCAUCCCCUGCCAGGGUGAGACGGACCUUAGAGGCCCCAGCUACCCCACGACCGUCUACACCAAUACGAACAAAGGUCCGCUCACGCAGUUGCCCUCGAAAACAGACUACCUCUACUCAGACACCGAUGGUGAACCGUAAGCCUGCUUUGCACUGGCAGAUACAGCGAGCACAAAACUGUGGCAGCUACGGCAGCCAGGUGAGGCCCAUUCCCAAUGGCCUCUGCCUGUCUGACAGCACAUCCAACAGCAGUGACGGCAGCACUGACAGCCUGGAGUUUGUGGCCUCCUGUGUGCCUGCCGGGGCAGAGCAACGCGAGGGCACCCUGCAGAGGGAGAUGAAGGCUCUUUUUGACCAGAGGAUGAGAGAGAUCCGCUGUAAAUCGCCACUUUUUCUAGAUGAUUAG